AUGGAAACAGUUCUUGGUCGCGGUUAUUCAAUCAAUGAUGAAACUGGUUUAACAGAUUUCUAUUCACCACCAUCAAGUAUUGUUGAUGAAGAUGAAGAACAAGAUGAUGAUGAGGAGGAUGAUGAUUUAUUCUAUCCAGAAGAAAUCGAACCUUUAUUUACUGCUGAAACAAUUAAUAAUACGACUCUUUCUUCUUCAUCUAUUGACGAAAUAAAUGAUAUGAAUUUAAAAAAUGGAUUAAAAUCAUUACCAUUAAAAUUAAUGUCUAUUGAGGCAACACCACCGCCAACACCGCUUAUUCCACGACGUUUACUCGAUCCUAUAAAUACGACAACAACGGCUUUUCAAAAUAUGACAUUUAAUACAACAUUACCAAUAACACCAACAAGAAGUACUGAUAUAACAACAUCAAAUUGGUCAUUAAAUACAUCAUCAACGAGUUCAUUAUUUCCAUGUAAUACGGAUACUCUAUCGAAAACAACAAAUUUAUUGACACCAACAAGUAUGGAUCGAUAUCUUGCUGAACAUCGACCUCUUACUGAUUCAGUAUAUAAAUCAUCAAUAAGUAAAUAUUUAGGAUUUAUUUAUUUAUUUAUUAUUCAUCUUCUAUUUAAAGCACUUGGUACAACAACAAAUAGACAUCAUUCGAUUUCUGUUCAACAUACUGAAGUAACGAAUGAAACAAGUCGAUUAUAUUCUUAUAUGGCUCCUGCUGAUGGUUUAUCAUCAAAUCUUCGAGCAGGAUCUAAUACAUGGUCACCAUUUGAUGAUAAACUUCCAAUUUCAUCUCCAACACAUAUUAAUAAUAAUCCAUAUACACCCCAAUUUAAUAUGAAAUCUCCAUCUUGUUUAAACAAUCCCUUAUCUCCUCAACGAGUUAAUCCAUUUUCUCCAAAUUCUAAUAGUUCAUUUAAUCAUUCGACAGCACUUCAAUAUCAAUCACAAGAUCCAUGGUUUUUAUCUGAAAUGUCAACAAUAUUACGUCAAAAUACCAAUAUAUCAUUAAGUGCAACAGCACAACAAAUACUUGCUGCAAAUACAGCAAAUAAUAAUCGUCCAUUACGUUCAGAAAAAAUCGAUAUUGAAGUUAUCAAACAUCUUAUUCGAGAAGCUAGUUGGAAACGACAAUGUGGAAUGAAAAAAGAAGUUUGUGUUUUUUGUCGUAAUAAUGGUGAAAAUGAAUUAAUUUAUUCAAGUCAUUCAUUAAAAGAUUCGAUGGGAAAUGUUACAUGUCCAAUUUUACGUGCUUAUCAAUGUCCAAUUUGUGGAGCAACUGGUGCACAAGCUCAUACAAUUAAAUAUUGUCAAGCAACUGGUGGUGAUGAUAUCAAUCGACAUGUACCUACGCCAUACGAGAAAAUGCUUCGUAUGCAAACAUUUGGCUUUGAUGAUAAUAUAACACCAUCCAUGCCAACAUUUUUUGGUCAAUUAGAUAGUCCUUCAUCCCUUUAUACAAAUGGUUGGUCUAAUAGUUAUUUAUAA